AUGAAACGAAGUUGCUCGGUAAAGAAUAUGGAUUUGAUCUCGCAAUGUUGGAUUCUGUUCCACUCAUCACGAAAUAAUACAUUCAGGCAUGAUAACAAAAUCCUACCGCUCGGAUUCUUAUCUAAGAUCCAGGAAUUAAAAAAAGAUGUUUCUUUAACAUAUAAGAAGUCAUUGUCGGUUGAUGUCCUUGACAGAGCGGAUUGUCAACAAUUGUCUAUGGUUCGAUCACCAAGUAACUUUUCCUUCAAACUUCGUAAAUCCAGAAGUCAAAACUUUAUUAAUGUUGUUGAUAACGCAGACACCAAUCUUGUAUUGACAAGUUCUUCAAUGCCUGCUGAAAUGGAACGAACUACGGUUUCAUUAUCAGCACUUGAUAAAGAAAUUGAAACGACCUGUUGUAUAGAAAGAAGGAGCUUAAGCGUUGAUGAUCGAAACCGAUUUGCUUUACGAAAUUUAGACUUACACGAGAAGUUGGAUAAAAUUCCACAUUUUUGCGAAGAUUUAAGUGCAUUAAUGGAGGAGCCAUUAUUUGACCCUUCGUUAUCAUAUUUGAUUUCAAGACAGAACACUUCAUCAGAUCAUGGAUCUGCAUGUAGUGAAGUCGAUGAUAGUCAUGUUGAUAUGCAGUAUGCAUCAACUGAUACGAAUACGAUAAAGGACAGUCAAAAUUGGCAGUCGGUGACCAAUUUAUCUGAACUCCAAAUUUCACCCACUAGUGAAAUGUUGUAUGACCAUGAUUUUGAUCUGAAGAAUCUGUCGGAUGAAUUAUCGUCAUCUGAAAAUUCCAAAAGAUCCAAUUCGUCUACGACUACUGGAAGUGCGGUGUAUUUUACCCAGGUCAUGAAAUUGCCGAAAGUCAAUCCUACUGAUGAAGUAGAUGGGCACAUGUCGCAUCAAAAACUCGAAAAGCAACUCGAACUAAAUGAGAUGCAUCUAAAUCUUGAAAGUGAACGUCCUUCUGAUGCCGAGAAUCCUAUUUCUUCGUCUUCAUCUUGCGGGAAAUUUCUAGUCACACUUUCGGAUUCCGCACGUGAGUUGAGUGUCAUAUCAGAACACAGUGAUGCUUAUGUUGAAAAUGAAAUGCGUAACUCGGACAUAUCAAUAAAUGAGCCUAGUUUACUUGAAAAAAAUCAUCGUGAAAGAGCUGUUGAUGUUGAUGGUAUUAUUUCACAGCAUCGUCGUUGGCAUUCUGAAAGCAGAAAUAUAGUCAAAAAGACAUGUAAUCAAGAAGAACGGGUACCAUUAAAGAAAUCAGUGCCGCUGCGUAAUUCGCCAUCACGAAAUGGUGAACUUUCGGAGCGAUGUAAAAGUCAAAUGAUUUUGAAAGAGGAAAAUAAUUUCAUCAAGAAUUGGGCAAAACUUCAAGUAUUGGACGGCAUCAAGAAUUUAUCAUCCUCAUCUCCGAACGUUAAUGAAAUGGCUAUACCAUCUCCAUCUCAUGAAGAUAAUUCUGAACAAGUAGUACAAGAUAUGCAACUUUAUCCAACUGUUCAACAUAAAGAAAAGUAUAAAUGGAAAGAAGCUUUACCAGCAGCAUUUGGACCACAUCAGGUUAUUGGACCGAUUCAACGAUCUUCUCGAACAGUAGCUACUGGUUCUAUGCGGAAGGCAUCUGAUAGUUCUAUACAAUAUGAAAAGAAAAUUCGCGUUGAAAAGAAACAUUCACGAAGGACAAGCACACUUUUCGACUUCUUUCGCAAACCCGAUUUACGGAGCUUUUCGGAUGUUGUCACACCGGUUAAUGAUAAACGAUCGACAAUUGCAGAAGGAUUUGAUGGGACAUUGGAUACUUUCACAAAACCAUUAUUAGACAAAAUACCGAAUACAGUUGGCACAAAUGAUGGCCGUUACUUAGCUGCCCAUUUCAACAAAGAAUCACAAAAAUUUAUUCCAGAAGUGAACAAACCAGAAUGGGCUGACCUGGAUUUAUGGAUUGAAGAACCGGCAACAUGGUCGUCUACUAACUAUUCUCUCAAAUUAAGUAAAAAAGAGCGGAAGAAACAAGAUAUUAUUCAUGAGCUGUAUUUAACUGAGAAACAUCACUGCCAAGUACUGGUAAUUCUUCAGCAAGUAUAUCAAGAAGGACUUCGAAUAAAGGGUAUUAUGGAUGAGGCAAAACAGAGCGAAUUGAUUCCACCCGUGUUGGAUGCAUUACUUGAUUUUCAUCUUAAUUUUCUGCGACAGCUGAACCAGAAAAGAUUAGAAACAGAAGUUGUUAAUUCGAUAGCAAAAAUUAUUUACUCAGAGUUUGAAAAUGGAGAACGAAAUCAGGCUGCAGUAUAUGCUUAUACGGAAUUCUGUUCAAAGUACGAUCAAUGUGGUCGUUUAUAUGACGAAUGGAUGUUAAAAAAUGCUGAGCUUAGGAAAUUUUUUGAUCAAUAUGAACAAGAUUCAACUUAUAAAGGACGAACGUUCAAAAUGUGUUUGCUGCUAAUUGCUCAGAGAUUGACUAAAUAUCCUGUACUAGUUGAAAAAAUUACUGAGAUGGAAAGUGGUGCAGCAAAAGAAGAAAGCGUACGGGCUCAUCAAGCAGUGAAGAAAUUUGCGAUGCAUGUUAAUAAUGAAAUUGCUAAGUUAGAAGUAUGUAGGCGUUGGGAUCGAAUAUGUUCACAAAUGGAUCAUUCAUCAAAAGGUCGAUUUGGACCGAAUGAUUUUUUUACAUAUGAUGAUCUCAUAUUAAAUGGCAAUGAUGAGAAACGACGUGUAAUUUGCAUAGGUGGUGCAGUUUGUCAGAAUUCGCAGAAAAAACAAACUGAAGGAACAGAAGUAGUAUUAGUAUUAUUCGAUGAUAUUCUGAUCAUGUUGACAAAUUCGAGUAGCAGCAAAUAUGUGUUUCUUGAUCGUGGAUCUGGGAGCACAGUAAUUGCACUAAGUAAGUUACUGGUUCGUGAAGUGCCACGUAGUACAAAAUUAUUCUUCUUGCUUUCUGAUGAUCCGUGUCCUGAUUUAUUUGUUGUGAGUUUUGCUUCCAAAGCUGAUGUUGACCAAUGGAAAAAAGCGAUUGAAAUGUCAAAAAAUAUGGCACCGAAAUAUGUAAAACGUGCCAUAAUUUCAAGUGCUAUGAACUUGCCGGAUGAAGAUCCGGAGGAAAGGAGGUUUAACCAAGAAAUUGCAAGAUGGGAAGAAAAAUUGCGUGAAAUUUUUGAUAAACGCAUAAAAAAUGAAAGAGAACUGUCAAACUACAUUGAGAAACGAUUAGUGUGGUUUGAACAGCUACGUUCACAUAUAGCAAAGGUUCCAUUAAUGGAUCGAACGGAUACGACUCGGAACACUGUCCGAGAAAAGAUGAAGGGUUUGGUAAAACAAAAAUUUGCUGAAUUACGAGCAGCAAGACGAACUUCGUUGAGCAGAGUAGUGCAACGCGCUGAACGAAUGUAUGAAGAUGAUUUUGUAUCAUUUUUUGAUGAUACAUAUGAUGCUGGUGCUUGCACAUCAGAUUCGAAUCAUUCCACUGAUCAAAGUGAAAGUGAUGAAGGUCGUCAGAAGUUGCCGAGGCGAAAUAGAACCUUCAGUGGUAUUGGUGAGCGAAGGAAAGGUGGUUCUGUCCGACGACAUACAACGGAGCCUAAAAUAGCAGAUGCAAAAAUAUGUGAAGAGUGCGAUUCUGUUACAGAGGAGGAAGAAAUGAGGAGGCUUCCGUUGCUCUUGGGUCCGGUGGCACGUCGUGCAGCUAUAAGUAUUAUUCGAGAAAAUGCUCAAUUGAGGGUUGAAAAUAACCAAUUACAAAGUGAAAUUGCUUUUCGUGAGCUGCGUAUUGCAUCACUGAAGAGUCGACGUUUGGCGACUAUUCCAGCCAGUGCAUUGGAGGCAUUACGCAACAAACAAAAUGAAUUACAAAACGAAAAACGUGAAUUCAAAAUAUUUUGCGAACUUCAUGUAGAUGAAAUAAAUCGACGGACCACGGAGCUGUUGGAGAAAGAGGCUGAGCUGAAAACUCGUGAGGAACAAUUACAAGAGCAGUGGGUAAAAUUCUACGAAAUGAACAAUUCAAGUUCACCGAACCAUCUCUCACAUAAUAUGAUGAGACCAAUCAAUUCAGCAACUUCAUUUGACCGAUCAACAUCGGUACGUAGUGUAACAUCGCUCAGUAAAUCACCUAGUGGUUCAUCUAUACCAUUACAUCUAGCCGAAAAAACUGCCAAGGUAUCACGCUCAAAAAAGUGA